AUGGCCAGUGCUACUACUGCCGUCAGUUCUACAACGAGAAAUACUAUUCUGUGCAAAUUUUACAUGAAUGGUGUUUGCCGUGACGGCAGUAGUUGCCGCUAUUCCCAUGACCGUGAAAAUAGUGCUCCUGACAUGGUGUGUCGGUAUUAUCUGCAGGGAUGCUGUAGCUAUGGAACUCACUGUAGAUAUGACCAUGUAAAACCUCGCCCAGUCAGUCCACAUCCGACAGUCUCUCCCUCAUUCCAAUCAACUCCAUAUACCAUUUCUCCAGUGCCAGAGAACUCUCGUCCUGAGCUUCCAGAUUUUCAAAGUUAUGUCCCUGAAAACACAGAAAGCAAACUAAUUGAUUUGUGGGAUCAGGACAUCCAAGAUGACCUUGAGAAUCUCUACAGUCCGAGUUUGUGGAGUUCGGCUCCUUCUACAAGCGACAAAGUGAUAUUACGGGGAGGACGCAUUAAAACCAAAGCAGACUGGGCUAAGGACUCUCCAGUGUUUGUCCCUCAAACAUCAGCCAAUGUUCCAGCCCUCAGUUAUGCCCAGGUAGCUGACUCUUCCGCAGCACCAAAAGACCCUAGUCUUGACAAUUCUGUAACAUUGCCUUGUUACUUAUCGGAGAACUUUGAUGAAAUCUGCAAUGACUUUCCCAAACCUACAUACACUGAAAAUGAACUUUGUCCCUACCUUGCUCAUGGUGCCUGCCCCAACAUGGAACGGUGUUGCUAUGUCCAUGGGGACGUAUGUGAAAUGUGUGGCUUGAAUGUAUUACACCCAACAGACGUAGAACAGCGGCAAAAACAUGAAAUGGUAGGUUCUGCUCUCUUCUUUUCUUUAACUGUGUAA